CGAAGAUACGGCUGUGUUGCCAAGGCAACGUGUAAACUCCGUUUUGAGCCGACAUGGCGGAGCUGCUAAAAAUUGAAAGUGAAAUUACAGCGUUUCCAAAGGAGCUAUUCUACAGAAACAGCCAAGUUGAGGACACCAGACAGAGGGAGAACCAGGUCGCCACCCGGAUCCAGAGCUGGUUCAGAGCCUGCAAGGUGCGGGCUUACCUCAGCCAUCUGCACAAGAAGGCAAUCAUUAUACAGAAGACAUGGCGGGGCUUCACAGCAAGGGCACGUGUCAGACAAAUGGUGAAGGCGGCAUAUUUUAUCAUGAAGAUGAAUUUCUACGAGGAGAUGGCGGUCAGGAUCCAGCGGAGAUGGAGAGGAUUCUUUCAGAGGAAGUAUAUCCAUAACUUCUAUGCACGCAAAAGUUAUUUGCAAGGCGUUGCGGCAAAAAAUGAUUUGCUCAGGAGGGAGCUGGACGAGCUCAAGAAACUCCAGAGGAGAGAGAGAGACUGUCUAGCAAUGGUGAAAGAGCAAGAAGCCAAAGUCUACCAAGCUCAGCGGUUACACCACCUAAUCAGCACAAAACAGUGCCCAGGGGUCUUCAAUUCUCCAUUCAGGCAAGCCCCUCAUGAGAUGGAACUGCUGCUGAGGCAGGUCAAGUACCAGGUUCCCACCAGGCUGGCCCCCAGGGGCAGGGCUCGUCCUCAGGGUAUUCCUAGCCCAACAGCCCUGAGUUUCCCUGGGAAUCUUGGAUCUCCAUGGACCAAAACCAGUAGAACCUGCUGCUCCAGGCCUGUGUUGUCUCCUAUUACCACCAAGAAACAGCAGGGUCUGUACAGAGAGCCAGGAGAAGUGUGGGAGCAGCAGGUGCAAUGUCCUGAGCUGAUGUGGGGUCUGGAGACCUCUUACACAUACCUGGAGGAGGCCCAGAAUCAGUUACAGCAACAAGAGACUCGGAACAGAAAGUACGCUUCACCAUGGGAGCCACAGCAGCAGUUCUUUUGCUCAGCCAGCCUACAUCAGCAAGAGCUUCAGAAGAAAGAACUAAUAAAAGAAUAAAUGCCAGCUUGAAAUAUGGCAUAAACUUGCAGGUUUCAGCGACUUUGAAGCUCAGUGUGGUGGCUAUGAGGUGGAGGCUCAUCACAGCCAAGGAAAUGUCUCUGGGCCAUGGACUGUCUUUUGACCACACUCACCUGUCACUAAAAGCUGAAAUGCCCAACUUCUCCAUAACUUUAAGACCAAAUUUUAUUUAAAUGGGUAAGUUAUACAAAAAUACACCCCCUGUACAGUUGUCAUGAAUGGGGAAUUAGCUAUAGACACCAAAGUGCUGAUUGUUUCAGGCUGCAAACAUGUUUACUUCUGCAGUGAAUUUAGGGAUUUUAACAUUGGGAAUUGACUCACUUUUGGAGCCAGCCUCAAGUGGCCAUUCGAGGAACAGCACAUUUUGGCAUAAACAUGAACAGGGGUUGGUUGCUUUAUUGUAGGAACAACAUGGAAAAAGAAGAUCCAAGCAAAUAGUAAGACCAGAAACGUCCUUACAUGGCAUCAGUAUGUGGGCUUACCAUGACUGCAUGAAAAAGUAGUAUGUGGAUGAGAAACACUAUCAACAGAAACUGAACCAUGUCUACAGUUUAUUUAUCCUAGCAUGCUUUAUGUAAUGUUUCUUAUUAUAUCCCAUAUUAUGCAUCUCUCAUUAGUCUGUAGAACUUUAAUCAGUCUGUAUAACUGUAACUGCAGCAUAUAUUGUCACAUGUUACAGUGCACAUGUGACAGUUUCUGUUAAAACUUUUGCAGCAUUAUCCUUCAUUUGCAAUGCUUAGUUUAGCACCAUCUAGAAACAACGCAGCAUUUAGCAGCAUGUUAAAGUCACAGAAUGGCGACUGGGUCCUGCAGAGAAGUGUACAUGAGCUUUAAAAAUAAUAUCCUGGUUGAAGUAAGCUUUGUCUCUACAGUGCCCAUUUUGUUUUUGUUUUUUUGUGAUUGGAUGAGGCCUUCAGCCAAAUCUGUACUUUUUGGUUUUCAUAAUUAGUCGGUGAGAAAACAAAAUUGACACUCUUUUCUAAAUUGCAUUUUUCUGUCUGCAACAUGAUGAUAGCCCAUUCUGGGGCCACUGAUCAAUUAAAAUCCUUUUCUAACCUCCCCUGCACCCACACACACAAACACACUCAACCCAUUAACGAAUGGACGGCUAAUUAAGACUCAAAAAAGCGGGGGAGUCACUUCUUCUUGAUUGAUAGCAGCCACCGUCCCCUCUUCUUGCUAUUUUGCAUUUUAAUGUUCGGUUCAUUAAUAAACUUUUAUUGUUUUGUUAAUUAUAAUACCACCCUCCCCCGUUGAGAUAAUAACUGAACAGAGCGAUUUGUUCGGAAAGAUUUUCUGCAACAUGAAGGAAGACGACAGAUGAAUUGACAGGACAAAGAGAGGAAAAGGGAAAGGAAAGACGGGAAACAAAAGGGGCAAGAACUAAAUGAACAGAGAAAAUAGAAGGACAUGGGGGGUGGUGUAUGUUGGUUAGAAUUUAAAAUGGUCUUUUUUAUACUCAAACAACAAAACAAUACAGCAGAGCUCAUGAUUAGUGUUUAAUUGAGUUUUUAGCAGCAGUGCCUUUUGAAGCAGCAAGUGUCUGGGAUGGCUGAUUGAAAUCUAUACACCCUCUUAAAAUGUUUGUCCUCUGCUGAUGUAGACGCAGUUUUGCAGUGGCUUUGUGUGAGGCUCUGAAAACCAUCAAACCAACAAACUUUUUCAAAGACAAUCGUGAAACGUUCCCACAGCUUCCUCUCUUAAUUUAACAGCCGUCUUUACAGGUGAUCUUGAUUUGAGAGACAAUGUUUAUUCUGCAGUUUUUUUUUUACUUGCUUGUGCGCACAGGAGACAGAC